GGUCACGCCCCGCCCUAGGGGGCGGGGCGAUGCCGAACUGCGGCGGGCUGGCUCAGUAAAGCGGAGGCAGCGGGGGAAGAUGGCGGCGGCUGUUCCACAGCGGGCGUGGACCGUGGAGCAGCUGCGCAGUGAGCAGCUGCCCAAGAAGGACAUUAUCAAGUUUCUGCAGGAACACGGUUCAGAUUCGUUUCUUGCAGAACAUAAAUUAUUAGGAAACAUUAAAAAUGUGGCCAAGACAGCUAACAAGGACCACUUGGUUACAGCCUAUAACCAUCUUUUUGAAACUAAGCGUUUUAAGGGUACUGAAAGUAUAAGUAAAGUGUCUGAGCAAGUAAAAAAUGUGAAGCUUAAUGAAGAUAAACCCAAAGAAACCAAGUCUGAAGAGACCCUGGAUGAGGGUCCACCAAAAUAUACUAAAUCUGUUCUGAAAAAGGGAGAUAAAACCAACUUUCCCAAAAAGGGAGAUGUUGUUCAUUGCUGGUAUACAGGAACACUACAAGAUGGGACUGUUUUUGAUACUAAUAUUCAAACAAGUGCAAAGAAGAAGAAAAAUGCCAAGCCUUUAAGUUUUAAGGUCGGAGUAGGCAAAGUUAUCAGAGGAUGGGAUGAAGCCCUCUUGACUAUGAGUAAAGGAGAAAAGGCUCGACUGGAGAUUGAACCAGAAUGGGCUUAUGGAAAGAAAGGACAGCCUGAUGCCAAAAUUCCACCAAAUGCAAAACUCAUUUUUGAAGUGGAAUUAGUGGAUAUUGACUGAAAUAGUUCAGCUCUAAGGGUAUUAGCAACAAUGAUAAAACUUGGCCUUGAAGAAACUUAAAUAACUAGUUAGAACUUGUUACUAUUGUAAAGGAAGAGUCAACUGGAAAAUUCAAGGAGUUAAUAAAAUUUGUUUACUUGAUCCCAGCUUUUGAGAGAUGUAAUCCCUUAUGAAUCCCUGAAGUCUAAAAUACUUUCCCACAGCUGUGUAAAAUACUGGUCAAGGAGAACUUUUUCCUUUUACCUCAUGUUAUAAACUAAGUGGCUCAAUAAAAAUUUAUCCACUGUCUUGAUCUGACUGUGAUUUGUUUGGUGUUAAUAUAUUAUUGUUCUGAUUAGGUAACGAACUGAGGACCUCAUCAAACCAGGGAGUAGUAACUCCCAGUAAAAUUAUCUGGACAGAUUGCCUGUAUAAUGAGAAGGCAAAAGCAUAGGGAUUGAGGGGAAACAAAAUGCUAAAAGGGAAGAAAUCUUGGCAUGAAGAUCAAUACCUCAAUUUAGGAAAAGUGCACUUCAAAACCAAUGAGCCACUAAUAAAGGUGAACAUAAAGUUAAUAUUAUUAAUUGAUGCCCCCAGAAUAAAUUCAUAAACGAUUACUGGAUGAGUCUUCCAUUUUAUUACAAAAAUGAAGAUGAUCAGUUUGAUCAAAAUGAAAGCUUGUUCACAAGUUUUACAUGAAUAUUCUAAAUACAAAGUCUCCUGAAACAACAUACUUUUGAUAUGAUUUUCAUUUUUAAAGGGAUGCAAACAUUCCAUUUUCUCAUUUAUAAUCUCUCUAUUCCAAGGCAUAGUAUUUUAAUAAUAUAUCCUUUCUGCCGUUAGAUCACAAUUCACAAGUAUAACUGAAACAGACAAAACCUUGAUAGCAAAGGUUGAAGUCCUUUUUU